UGUCAAAAGAAAAUGCUGCAAGAUCUCAAAAAGCAACUCCAAGACAUACAUGAGAAAUGUAACAAAAUGAAAGAAGAUUUUGUCUAUAACCUAAGAAUUUUAGAAGAGAGGAGAGAGAUAGAACACUAUGAUGUCACAGUCACUCAUCGGAAAACAUCUGAAAAUGCUAAACAGGCAAUAGAUUAGUGAUCUUAGAAUACAUCUGGUAAGGUGGGGCAAAUGAUUGUCAAGGAAAGAAGAAAAAGGCGCAAACUUCAUUAUCACUAUCAACAGCACACUGAAGAACGUAAGUUAGAGCUGGAAUGGUUUUGCAGCUCUAGGAACAGUCACAUAGAUCAUCAGUUUGAGGAGUAUGUGAACCUGAAACAUCACAUGAAGAGAAAAAUCUAAGAACUGGAAGGAGAGCUUGCUUGUCAGAAACGGGUGAAGCUGCUGGCCAUAGAACUGGAAGCCCUCAAGGAGACUGGAAUGCAAACACCAGAAUCACUGCAAACAGCAGAAAUGUUUGAUUUGAGGCUGGAGCAAGAAAACCAAUUCAACGAUUUUGUUGCUGUGAAAGAUGCUUGGUAUAAACAACAAUUGUCUCUGGCAGCUGAACAAGAAUGGAUUCUGGAACAGAGUAAAAUGCAAGCAGAACUGGACUGGCAGCAGCUCUGUGAGAAUGCUGAAAGUAAUUGGUAUCAGAAAUCAGAGGAUCUAACACAAAGCCUAUCUUCAGCAAGAGAGCAAGUUGAAGCUCCGCUACAAAAAACAGACUACAGGUUGCAUGAAGUGAAAACUGUUCUUUCUGCUUUGACUGUUAAAAGAAAACAGAUAAUACAAGCAUUGUUUAAUCACAGUAUUUUACCUGAAGGGGAGAAACGGAUAUGUCAGUAUGAUGAUAGUUCUCUGCGCAGUGAUACUCCUACCUUGAAAAUAAAAAAGCUGCAGGAGGAGAAUGCCAACCUUCGGGCUGCUAUUGCACAAAUGAGGAAAGAAAUGGAGAGCCUUGAUGAGCAGAUAUUUUCCUCUCUUCCUCUGACAGAAAACAGACCGCUUGCAGAGCAAGGUUCAUUGUGCACAAACAAAAUUUCAGCUGGAACCACUUUGAGCAAUAUCAAAGUCAGCUCAACUAACUUGGGUAUAGUAUACCCAGACACAGAAAAGGAGCCAAAACCCAAAGUUCUUGAAGAAAAGAUGGUAGAUCUUGGACAACAGUUACCUGAUGUAGGUCCUGGUGUUGGCCUUCAAUAUGGUGUCAGCUGCACUCUACAAGGAAUGCAAAAUAAACUGAAGGAAGCAGCAAGGAAAAUCUCAAUUCUGAACCAAGAGAAGCAGCAGCUGAUUGAAAUGGGAAACAGACUCAGGGCAGAAGUCGGAAUGGUAUUAAAGGAAGGACUUUGGCAUCCUGUUAGCUCUAAGCGCUGCACAGUUUGUAUUGCCUCUGGUAGUCUUUUUCCAAGAGAGCUUGUCAAAAGAACACAGUGUCAGCUAGCAGCUUUAAAGCGUCUACAGCACAGGCUUACAACACAGGAGCUGCAGUAUGCAAAGCAACAGCAUCCCUCAAGGAUCUCUUCUCUAACUACCUGCCCUAGCUUAAAGAAAGAAGCUCCAAGCAGCUGUGAGGAAGAAACAGAAUUACCAUCCACUGAGGUUCAGCUAGAUUUCUCUAUUGAAAAUCAUGGGCCAAAGCAACAAAAGGCAGAUACACCCAUGAAGAUUGUUCCACUCCGGCAGAGUCCUAGUCAAGCCCAGCAGGUCCGGUUUUCUUCAUCUAGAGGGCAUGAUUUCUGCCAAGGUAUUUGGCAAACUUUAGAAACGGGAUCAAGCCGUUCGAUUUUCAGUUCUCAAAAGAACACUGACCAAGUGGAGUUUGAAGUUAUACGUUCAACUGAGCAAUCUGAGGAAUCUCAGCAAAAUAUCAAAGCCAAGGAUAAACUUGAAAUGCCGGCUGCAGAUUUGACAGUCAGAGGAACCAGGCUGGAAGUUCAGCAGAAGUUAAAAUGUAGGAAUUUAUCUUGUGCUCGUCCCAUAAAACCAAAAAUCUCUUCUAACAUGGCAAAAAUCCGCAACUAUAAUAUUAAAGACUGA